UUAGCAGAUCGGUUAGAGGCGAGUCACGGGUAACGAGAACGAUUGCAGGUUUUACAAGAUAAUGCCGCGACGCAUCGGAGACUACAGCGCACGAUUCAACAGCAUCAGACAUUAUUCAGAGCAGGUUAACGACGAGAAUGUUCCGCUAUUGCAAGAGAUUGGGUGCAUUCUUAUCGCACACGAAGUCCACGAGUCGUUCGCACUUACGCUGCUGCAUCGACAUGACCGGCUUGAUCCCGGCUUCGUCAUGGUACACACGAUUACAGCAAGAGAAGAUAUCUGCUCCAUAAAGGAGUUCGAUCGAGAACAUGUCUAUGACAGUGAAAUAGCGACUGCCUGCGGAAGCAUCAUUAUUACUUCGUCGUCCAGUGUCUCGACAGAUUCUAUGGCAAGCACUGCCUAGCAGCUACUUGGGUGAACCAGCAGAACGCCAGUCACUUCGUUACAAUUGACGUAACACAUUACGGAAUCUCGAC